UGUGUUUUGUUCACGUUUCUACAGCAGCUGAUGAGAGAGCGCCAGCAGAUGGCCAGUCGUCCAUUUGCAUCCGUCGCCGUUUCGCUGGAUGCCAGAGGAGAGCUAACAGAAGUCCUGCAGCCUUUGGUUGAUGGUGUGCCUAAACCAGUUGCAAUGGAGCCAUGUUUUGGAGGGAAGGCUGCUGUGCUAACUGUCCUCAUGCGUCUCCCGUCUGGAUUUUCUGACCUGCCUCCACCUGGACAGUCAGGACUAAUUGUCGCCAGUGCGUUGGUAGACAUCUCACAACAGAAGCCAUUAGAUUUCAAGGACAAGUCCCAAGCUUUAAAGAACCGAAAAGCCCUUCCUCCAGCUCACCAAGGGACCUGCGUCUGACUCCAUCCGGCGGUUACGUUUCUGACCGACCGCCAUGUCAUUCCAGCAUGUCUCAGGUCCCGCAACUGGAAGCCUUUCCACAGACUUGACAUGCCUAAGUGACUUGUAGGAGAUUUGUUUUGGCUGCUAACAUUCACCACUACAGCUCCCACUUCGCGUGAGCGCAGUCCCUCAUUUCCGAAUAUGCCGACAUCAGAAAUCCACGGCAGCGACCGAUCCAGGCCAGGCUUCAGUUUCUUCACUUUCGCUCGGACAGCUCAGUCUACAUUUAACGAACAUCUGUUAUGUUUUCCACAUAUUAUGGCAGAUCCAGACUCAUUGAAGUACGACUGAUGAAGGUUUUUUUAUUUGCAAAACAUGAAGGAAAUGUAAAUGCGCAUUUGGGAAUGUCACAAGCUGACCAAAUUUCCUCAUACGAUCAAAACCAGUUAUUAGAUGUCCAAUAUGUGCACCCUGUAUAAUUUUUUACUUUUCUUUUGUGCACCCGUAAGUGGUACAUUUGGGUGCCAAAUCAUUCAGAUUUUCCUGGUUUGUCAUUUUUUUUUGUUGUAAAGAAUUUAGACUUGAAGAGGUCUCAACUUAACAACCCACAAUUAUAUUGCAAACCAUGACAACUUGAGCAUUUUCUGCAAUUUCUAAGCAUAAUUGUUCGUUUGCAUAAGACUCCUCCACCAAGUAAAAGCUAAAGUCUGUAUUUUCUGUGGGAUACAUGAACUAAUGCUGCAGAGGAGAGAGUCCGUUCUCGUGACAUGCCAGAUGAAGAGGUGAAGGAGCCACAAACAAAUCAUUCGUCAUUGAAUUAUGGCAUGAAAUUCUAGAACAUGUUUGAUGCAUUUUAUUUGGGAAAAAUGUACUUAUGUUCUUUUUUUUCUCAGUGUAGUCACUGUUCAAUAAACAGAAAAAACACUGAAGUUACUGUAGUUUCUAAUGAAAAGUUUUGGACGUUUUGACACUUUUGAACUGAGAUUGGGAUGGUGGACGUUUUAAGAGGCUGCUCCAGAGAAGUCCUGCUCUUCUAGCUGUUUACUAGUUUGUUUUGUAAGUUUUAUAUGGAAAAAAAAAAGAAGCUAUAACUUUAUUUCACCUUUUAAGUACAAUGAGUUGUGCUAAUAAUAAGAAUGCCUUGGCUCUUCAUGAGCUCAGAUGGGAGCAUGAAGAUCUAAAGGAGCUUCUCAGCUGUACAGUGUCUCGUUGGAACAAAUGUGCGUCUUCUUUCACAUUUUUUUUUGUCAUAUUUUUAUGAAACUGGUGAAAACCUUUUGUUAAUUUCAGGCCUUGUCACCUGAUACUAUUAUAUCUAUAAUAAAUUAUCGGUUUGCUACACUAGUGAGGAACUUUUCUGUUACUGUUUUUGUAUUUAACAGAUUCCUGUUUUCUUGCACAUUCUCGUUGACUUCAAACCACUUGUUCUAAUGUCAACCCCUUUUUUUCUAUUUGUGCAUCUUUAUAAAGUGUUUGGGCAUUGUCCUGCUUUGUGUCUCGGAAGUCAUGAUGAAUUUCAUGAUGUCAGCUAAUGUGUUUUUUCUUAUUUUUAUUUUGUGUUUGUAGAGUAAUCCUUUAACCAUGUCUUUGCACAGGAAUCAGGCUCAUGCUGUUCUGUGAAACAGAUGACAAACUUGCAUAUCAGUCAUCGUCAGUGUAUUGGAAAGAUGGACAACAUGCCAGAAAAUUAAAAGAAGAAAUAUCAGAACAAAACAAAAAACUUUGCAGUAAACUUUCUUCCAUCUCU